AUGGAAAUCUGGAACUCCACCUUGGGAAAUGGCUUCAUCUUGGUGGGAAUUCUGGAUAGCAGCGGGUCUCCUGGACUGCUGUGUGCUGCAUUCACAGCCCUGUACUUCUUGGCCCUGGCCAGCAAUGGACUGCUGCUCCUGGUCAUCACAAUGGACACCAGGCUCCACGUGCCCAUGUACCUCCUGCUUGGGCAGCUCUCUCUCAUGGACCUCCUCCUCACAUCAGUUAUCACUCCUAAGGCUGUCAUGGAUUUUCUGUUGAAAGACAAUAGCAUUUCUUUUGGGGGCUGUGCCCUUCAGAUGUUUCUGGAAUUAACACUGGGUGGUGCAGAGGAUCUCUUUCUGGCCUUCAUGGCCUAUGACAGGUAUGUGGCCAUUUGUCAUCCUCUGAAAUACAUGAUUUUCAUGAGGCCGGGUAUUUGUUGGCUCAUGGUAGCCACAUCAUGGACCCUGGGAUCCAUAAGUGCCCUAGGAUAUACUGUGUACACAAUGCUGUACCCAUUCUGCAAAUCUCGACAAAUUAAACAUCUGUUCUGUGAGAUCCCUCCCUUGCUGAAGCUGGCCUGUGCAGACACUUCUAGAUAUGAACUCAUGGUUUAUGUGAUGGGAGUGACCUUCCUUCUUCUCCCUCUUGCUGUCAUCUUGGCGUCCUAUACACUAAUUCUUUUCACUGUGCUCCACAUGCCCUCAAAUGAGGGGAGGAAGAAAGCCCUUGUCACCUGCUCUUCUCACCUGACUGUGGUUGGGAUGUGGUAUGGAGCUGCCACAUUCAUGUAUGUUCUACCCAGUUCCUUCCACAGUCCUAAGGAAGACAAUAUAUUCUCCAUUUUCUACACAAUUGUCACCCCAGCACUGAAUCCCCUCAUCUACAGCCUGAGGAAUAAGGAGGUCACUGGUGCUUUGAGGAGAGUUUUGGGAAAACGCCUGCUGCCAGCACACUCUACAUUCUAA